AUGGCAGCGCAGUCGGCGGUUCCGAACCUCUACGACACGGCGUCGCAGCCGGACACCGGAGGAGAUGCCUACACCUUCCUCGAAUUCAAUACCCAGGGCGACGAGGAGUUCGACUAUACCGAGUUCCAGGAGCUAUCCCAGCCGAUCCGCCCCGCGUCGUCGGAUCUACUCUCGCCGGAUGGGCGGGCACCUGGGAAUGCGACGGCCGCCGUCGCCGGUCCGUCCUCUUCGGCUGUCGGCUCAGCGUCCUCAUCGUCCUCAGCAGGGGGAAGGGCUGGUGGUUCCCCGUCCUUAACAGCUUCUGCGACCGUGGACGUGCUCGCAGCGGGAAUGGGGGGUCUUACAUUUGAGGAGACGGGUGGCGAAGAUGAAGGCAGUUACGAGCAUGGUGGGAAGGGAGACUUUAUAGAACACGCGUGCCGGUACUGUGGUGUUGCGAACCCAGCCUGCGUUGUCAGAUGCAAUAUGCCAUCGUGCCGGAAAUGGUUCUGCAACUCCCGAGGGAAUACUUCAGGGUCGCACAUCGUUAAUCACCUGGUUUGUUUGCUAUCGACCAAAACUGGAAACUUAAGCUUUCACGUCGUGUUAUUAUCUUCUGGGCCUCAUUUUUUGUAGUACUGGUUGAUUAGUGUUGUCUUUCUAAAUUUAAUUAAAGUUCAACGCGCCGUCUAGCAGAAGGAACUGAAUUUGUGAUUUUCUUCGAAGAUACACAUUAAAAAUUGGAUAUGGCGCUAUAAAGAUGAUGGGUGGAAUGUUGGGACUCCGGCUGAGUUUCUUCCGUCGACAAUUCGAAGUCCCAUUAGAAAAUGUGAUCUUUUUGUUUGGCUUCGUACCAACCCACCAUAAUUUUCAUCUUCCUCUAGCUCUUCCAUUUUCUCAUCAGCAAGGUCUCCUAUGAAUAUGAGCUUCCAUUGUCCAAACCAUGAUUUUCCCAACGUUCGAACAGAGAGUAGCUGCUUCAACUCGUUAGGCUAAAUAAAUCUGGAACAUUUCGUAAGUUGACCAUGCCUGUGCUGAUCUUCCCCGAACUUUAUGAAAAUACAAACCCAACAUGAUGAUGUGGGUAACUUGGCAGGUCAACAUACUCUAUUUUAUUUCUCUGCACUUGGGGCCCCAUGGAUACGUUAAUUGAAAACAUAUCUAAAGGUUUUCGUAUAGGAAUCCUUAAUGCGCGGAUGAAGAAAAUGUUGAAAGGUUUGCAAGUUGAUUACAUUUAUUUCAUGAUUACUCAAUAUUGUUGGAUGAAUAAGUUUAGUUGCUUGUUUUUAUGACCCUUUUAGUAGAGGACGUUAUUUUAUGGUAUUUAGGUAAUCAUUUAGACUAAUCAAUCGAAGAUAUUUAAAACUGAUUCGCGUCUGCAUAGAGCAUAAUGUCUCAUAAUUAUGUGGUUGCUAGCAAAGAAAAAUGGAUUUUCAUUGCACUUGUUUGACGAUAUGAGUCCAAUGUUUUUAGUGGUUUGCAAUGCCCACUGUGUUCAUAUGUCGGGGUUUUCUUUCUUUUCAGGUUAAGAGCUCCGUUAAUGUGCUUUCAGUUAGUUUAUGGAACAAUGGGGCCUUGUCGGAGGCAUACACCUCAUGGACAAUAGUGACCUAUUCUUGCAUGUGUAGCAUAUUAAAAUUCACAUUAUUAUCUAUUUAGUCGGGUAGUCAUUUCUUGUUGUUCCAAAAUCUGAUACAUAAAUAGCUUCAUGGAAUUUUAGCUUUUUCAGUACCAAGAGGAGAAAUAAAUCCUGUAUCUGAUUUUAACUUCCAGGGCUGAAUUUUUGGAAAUGGUCUCACAAGAUAUUUCUUGGUUGCGUGAUGAGUAGGGAGUUUGUACAUCAUAGUACAAAAGUAUUAAUAAAAUGUAGGAAAUGAGAAAGAAAAAAGCAGGUUACACCACAUCCAUAAUCAAGGAGAAUUAAUGGAGUCCGUCUGGGAAGUGCUGUUUUGUUGCUUUUGGAGACUGAACAAUGCAUGUUACAGUGAAGUGUGAUAUUGUUCCGUGGAAUGCUGUUUUUUUUUUUUUUUGGAGAAAACAGUGAGUCAAUAAAACUUUUAAUGGCAAUCUCUUAUUUUAAGGUUGGAAGCAUGGAUAUCGGAUUCUGGCUGUACUUUGAAUUUUUGAUGUGUCAAAUCUGUUCCAGCCACGUUGGGAAUUAAUCAGGUGGAUUUUCCAGUUUAGAUAUCAUUUUAACCAUUUGUGGAAGGCGGAAAGUUUUGGAGAUGGAUGUACAAGGCGAACUUUAUUGGCCAAAUCUUGUUACAAAUCAUCACAGGUGUGGAGUUUUGUAUAAUGACGUUGUAGGAGAUAUUAAAUGUGAAUUAAAGUCAGAUUUUUUUCUGGAAGCCGGCACUUGAAAGAUUUCCAAAUAGUCACGAAUUUAGAUACUUCAGGUUUCAGACGUCUUUUAAUCGUUUAUUCUUUGGUAGUUCUGGAAGAUGGUUUUUUUAGACAGCUGUCAGUUGCGGUGUGAUCCAGGUCUAUGGGAAAUUGUCUUCAAAUCGUGAACUUUCUGCUGUAUCAUCAUGAAUGGUUGCUUAAACAGCUGAAUAGUUAAGAAGUGGAGAAUAUCUUUUUCCUAAUGCACUGGGCAGUCUAGAAGAAAAGAGGCCAGAAGAAAUUUCAGAGUAUUUAUAAUUACGCUUAGGAUCACUUUUCAAGGGUGCCAGCUCUGUUGGGUAGAGUGUUGGAGCUAAUUAGAUGAUUACAAAUUGUUCCCUCGGAUUCAGGAUUUCAACUAGUGCUUCAGCAUUUUUUCUUGCUUGAACUCAAUGCAUUCUUGAUUUAGCAUCUCGCUGAAUUCUAUCUAGCGUUUUCUUUUUAGGUAUUUAAAAUUUUCUGGGUGGAUGUUGGCAUCUUUUUUAAUGUACUUUUAAUGCCUAUCUUUUAUCUUGUGUACUUCUCUUUUUAUUUAGCUUCUUUUUAUUAUGACCCCACCAUUCAAAACUAAUGAUAGAUUGCUUUUUCUUUCUUGAUCAAAAAUUGUAUUUUAUUUUAUUUUCCAAUUACCUUGUAGUGGAGAACUGAUCUAAAUUUUAGUUAAGAAUAAUUCCAUGCUUGAUCCAUCUAUUUUUAUGCUUGUAGUUUGGAUAUAUUUUCCUUUCAUUAAAAUGUGAGCUGAAAAUUAAGGUAGUUUUAUUUUGGUUCAUUCAACCAUUCUCUAAAUGCACUUAUGUUCCUGCUUUCAAUUUUCUGACAGGUUCGAGCAAAACAUAAGGAAGUUUGCCUGCAUAAGGAUAGUCCACUGGGGGAAACAAUUCUCGAAUGUUAUAACUGUGGUUGCCGCAAUGUCUUCCUUCUUGGCUUUAUAUCUGCCAAAACGGAGAGUGUUGUUGUUCUUCUGUGCAGAGAACCUUGCUUGAGUAAUAAUGCAUUGAAAGACAUGAAUUGGGAUUUGAGCCAGUGGUGCCCUUUGAUUGACGAUAGGUGUUUCCUACAGUGGCUUGUCAAGGUCUUCAUUUCUCUUGUAUUUCUUUGACUGAUAUAAUCAUGUACCUUGUUUUGUUAUUGACUUUAUGAAUUUUGGCUCAGAUUCCUUCGGAGCAGGAGCAACUCAGAGCACGCCAAAUUAGUGCUCAGCAGAUAAACAGGGUAGAGGAGCUUUGGAAGAUGAAUCCAGAUGCAACUCUGGAGGAUCUUGAAAAGCCUGGUGUUGAUGACGAACCUCAGCCUGUGGUCUUGAAGUAUGAAGAUGCAUACCAGGUAAGGAUUUCGCGUACCACUAUCUUCUGCAUGAAAGAAACCCAAAAUUUUCAGGCUUUGUGCUAACUUGUUUGUCUUGUUUGAAACAACUGUAAUUUUUGGGUCAUAAAUAGUAUUUGGUGGCAUAUUAACUAUUUCCUUGUGCAGUACCAAAAUGUAUUUGCUCCUCUUGUAAAGCUUGAAGCCGAUUAUGAUAAGGUGAGUCGUUAUUCUUUACUUUUAAUGUUUUUGUACAAUUUUGUUGUCUUGUUGUUUAAUCGGUUGGAUUACAUAUUUAUUUCUAUCUUUAGAUGAUGAAAGAAUCUCAGAGCAAGGACAAUCUGACAAUACGUUGGGACAUUGGCUUGAACAAGAAGCGUAUAGCUUAUUUCGUCUUUCCAAAGGUUAAUGGUUUAGAAUGUUCAAUCCCCGUCCUGUUUAAUAACGUUUGCCUCUUUCUAUGGCGUUGAUGAUAAUCUGUCCCAAUCUAAUUUUUAUAAUUUCUCAGGAGGAUAACGAAUUAAGGCUUGUUCCUGGAGAUGAAUUGAGGCUAAGAUACUCUGGCGAUGCAGCUCAUCCUGCAUGGCAAUCUGUGGGGCAUGUGGUUAGUAUUCCUACCUUAUUGCUGGUUAUCAGAGCACCAUUAUAGUCAAUCAUCCAAGAUCCAGCUACGCAGACAUUUUUCUUAGUUGCGUUGAUUAUUUGCUCUUCUGUUUUCAGAUUAAACUAACUGCUCAGGAAGAGGUUGCACUAGAGCUCCGAGCAAAUCAGGUAGGAUUGAACUUAUUUGCUUCUUGGUACUGUGAUAUUUCGGUUCACCAUUGAUUACGAACUGUAUUUUUGGUUCCAGGGUGUUCCUGUUGACUUGAACCAUGGAUUUAGCGUAGAUUUUGUGUGGAAGAGUACCAGCUUUGAUAGAAUGCAGGGUGCAAUGAAGACAUUUGCUGUGGACGAGACAAGUGUUAGUGGGUGAGUUUCAAAUGUUGUUGGGCUUUGAAUGAUGAGUCAGAGACAGAAUUUCAGGAUUUCCUAUAUGUUAUUUGGACUUUCUCUCUCUAAUACACCAUUAAUUUGUUAUCACGUCAGUAGAUGGGUGAUAUGAGAAUAAGAUGAUGAGUUGUGUGCUCUCGUGUGGUCUUAUUUAUUGGUAUAUCUCUCACAACUGCUAACAUUAUCUCAGAUGAACCUUUGGCUAAGAAGGGAAAUGCAUCUGCUUAUGGUUUUCAAGAACAUUCAUGUUGGAUCCAAAAACCCAGAUAUUUGUUCUACCAUAAGCAAUUCACGUUUCAUUAGUUGUUCCAUAUGCAUCACCCUCAGCAUCUUAGCUGAUUUUGUAGAUUACCAAUCUUGACUUCCGGGUGCUAAAUCUGCUCAAAUUUUUUGAUUGCUGUGAUUUCUGCCAUGUUGGAUAUAUCUUACUAUCGAUUUUGUCUGCUGAUUCCUUGAAGUCUCUUUAAGAAAUUUAUUCAGAUCUAACCUUACAUAUUUCUGACUGAGUCAGAUAUGCGAAAUUUAUUUGAUUUACCAUAAAAUCCUUAAUGUGUUACAUAUUCUUAUUUGAUUCAGACGUGUUACAUAUGCUCUCUUUCAGAUACAUAUACCAUCAUCUGUUAGGUCAUGAAGUUGAGUCUCAAAUAGUGCGCAAUGCAUUGCCACGUCGCUUUGGUGCCCCAGGCCUUCCAGAACUCAAUGCGUCUCAGGUUGGUCAAAUUCGAAAUGUUGUACAAUAUUUUGGAAUUUUGUAAUGUUGACUAGUACAGUUCGGUAUUGUUCCAAAAGCCUGCUCAAUCCUAGGUCACUUGAGGAAAUUAUUUGUAAUUAUUUAGGUCGAGAUAGCCGAUCCUUGAUGUUCUGGGGAAAUACAUCUUUUAUUGGCAUCUAUUUUCAUGUAACUAGCCUCGUCAUUGAUGUUAUGGUCAAUUUGUUGUCCUUUUCCUGUGGACAGGUCUUUGCCGUUAAGAGUGUGCUUCAGAAACCAAUUAGUCUCAUACAAGGUCCCCCUGGCACAGGAAAGACCGUCACAUCUGCAGCAAUUGUCUAUCACAUGGCAAAACAAGGCCAGGGCCAGGUAGUAGCAGACUCAUUAUUAAUAUUUUCCUAUACGAAACAUGGAACUUAUUGUCACUUAUCUCAUUAUUAAGGUUUUGGUUUGUGCUCCAAGCAAUGUAGCUGUUGACCAACUCUCAGAGAAAAUUAGCUCAACUGGUUUAAAGGUGAUCUUCUGGUUUUUCGUCUUUUGCUUGAUCUUCAACCCUUAGGUGCACCAACCCUCUCUAUUGUUUUCCUGGAUGAUUUUUUUGCUUAUUGAUUUAUUUUACAUGAUCUCCUACAAGAAGCUGUUCUUUCUCCACUCUUUUAGUCUCUGUUUGACAAUGUAUGGUUUCGUUAAAAUUUAUGAUUUGCUUUCUCAUUGUUGUUUGUAAAAAGAUUAAUUUAGAAAUGUCAGUCUUUGAUUUUACUGUUAUUUCCACAUAAGGGAAAAAUUUAGUUAGAUGUAAGAUUAUUUGUGAAUGCUGUGGGCUAAAGGAUAUAUAUGUAGUCUCACAUUCUUGCUAGGGGUAUUCUUGUGAACGUGUAACGGUACUGUGUUAUAGUGUUACUAGUAACAGCUGCCUUGUAAUGUUCUAGAUUGGAAAAUGUUCUUUUACGACAUAGCGUAUUAAAUGACUGACUGCGGAAGAAAUGAUAGGAAUUCCCGUUUGUCAGUCUAACGAUUUAUCUUUUGAUUUUAAAUGCAGUAUUUGUACGUGUACGACCUUUUGACAAUCAGGAUAUAAAAUUGUUUUGAAGGAGCAGCCUUUUACACGAAGAUAAAUAUAAGUUAUUUGGGUGGAACAGCAGAAUACAAGGAUCUUUCUCUAUGUUCCUUUUUCGUUUUAAAAGUUGUAAUUGCAAUUUAAAAUUCAAUUGGUUGUUUGAUGAGAAGACCAAUUCUAUGGUUAUAUCUUAAAUGAAAGGAAUAAAAUAAUAUUAUUAUAGUUUCUUACUGCAAAGGACAUAGCAUGGACACUGCGUGGUGGGUCAAUUUUGGGAGAUUACAAUUUUAAGUUUCUUACGCACUAAGCAUUUUCAUUCAUUGUUGGUUCCAUGGAUUUUCUUUUUUAGCAACUUGUGUUCACUACAUAGCAAAUGAUUUUCAAUAUGAUGAGCCUUCAUUCAGGUUGUCAGACUUUGUGCUAAGUCAAGAGAAGCGGUCAGUUCUCCUGUUGAGCAUUUAACUCUUCACUAUCAGGUUAGUCCUCUCUUCCUCAUCUCAUUACAAUUUAUUUUGAUAAGUGACUGAUGUGAGGUCAUUUUUCCUGAAUUCUGCUAUCAAUUAAAUAUCAGGUCCGGCAUCUUGACACGUCUGAAAAGAGUGAACUCCAUAAACUUCAGCUGCUGAAGGAUGAACAAGGUAUGCAAUAUGCAUUCUCUAUUGCCUUGAAUAGCUCUCAAACUUUUGCACUUUUUUCCUCAUUUUUUUAAUUGUGGGGGCAUGAUAUCUGCUUCUGGCGUCUCAUCAUAGAAGUCUCGAAUGUUUUUUAAAUGUGUUUAAGUUGAAAGUUCUUAGCUCUUCCUCAUAUUUUUGGCUGGCCUAAGCAGUUUUAAAUAGUGAUUAGUUUGUUUUGAACAAUGAACAAAGAAACCUGUUAUUUGAAAAGUAUAAAUAUUACAUCAAUUUGAAGGACACAACUAUUCAAGUGAAUGAAACAUGUGAUUAAAUAGAAAAGGUGAUUCCGUAUCGUUUGAGUAGAUAAUUAUCACACAAAACAUUCUCUCUUUCUCUCUCCAUCUCCAAUGAAGUUCACUAACCAGGCAAUGAAGUCAAUUAAUUCGUUUGCAUAUAAUUUUGGUAUCAUACAUUAUUGCAGGAGAGUUAUCAAGCAGUGAUGAGAAAAAAUACAAGUCCCUGAAACGUGCGACUGAAAGAGAAAUAUUACAGAGUGCUGAUGUUAUUUGUUGCACCUGUGUUGGGGCUGGGGAUCCUCGAUUGUCAAACUUCCGUUUCCGCCAGGUUUAUAAAUGGUCUAAUUUAGUCUGAUUCUGCUCGCGAGAUUUUUGUCUCAUUGUAGUUUCUUUUUUCCAUAGGUUCUGAUUGAUGAAUCCACUCAGUCAACAGAGCCUGAGUGCCUUAUUCCACUUGUUCUUGGAGUCAAACAGGUAAUAUCUCAGUUUUGUACAUUUGUAUUGUUAGAUCUGUUCUAUAAAUUUAUUCUAACAAUCAUUUUUUUAUAAGGUUGUCCUCGUUGGGGAUCAUUGCCAACUUGGUCCGGUGAUCAUGUGUAAGAAAGCUGCCCGAGCUGGCCUAGCUCAGUCUCUCUUUGAGCGUCUUGUCCUGCUGGGGUUGAAGCCAAUCAGACUACAGGUGAUGUGCUAUGAAUUUAUUGAUUGAGAACUUCUUUUCAUUAGAGAAAUUAAAUGUUGUACUUUUAUGAAAUUCAUUUAUUAUUAAUAGAUAUGCAAGCCUAAAAUUGCAGGUCCAGUAUCGCAUGCAUCCUUCUCUCUCAGAAUUUCCUUCCAACAGCUUCUAUGAAGGAACCCUUCAAAAUGGUGUUACCAUUAAUGAACGACAAUCAACUGGCAUUGACUUUCCUUGGCCAGUACCAAAUCGUCCAAUGUUUUUCUAUGUCCAGGUAACUAUUGGUUUAUCAAUAAAGAGUUCGUGUGGAGUGAUGAUCUUCAUACGAUAUCAGAUAUGUUUUUACUGCAUGUUUUUACUAAAGCAACAUUCUUCUAUAGAUGGGACAAGAGGAGAUAAGUGCUAGUGGGACUUCCUAUCUGAAUAGGACUGAGGCUGCAAAUGUGGAAAAAAUUGUUACGACAUUUUUGAGGAGUGGUGUUGUUCCCAGUCAGGUACCCCUUUCAUAUCAUAUUGGUUGUUUAUUUUUUGUUUGUUAGAUUGGUUCUUUCAUAUGCAUGUUCUUGCUUCUAAAAUUUUCAGAUCGGAGUUAUUACACCUUAUGAGGGACAGAGAGCCUAUAUAGUUAACUAUAUGUCAAGAAAUGGUGCUCUAAGACAGCAACUCUAUAAAGAGAUUGAGGUUACUUCCCGUCUAUGUAGAAUUUUUGGUACUGGUUGUUUGUAAUACCGCGCCCUUCAGUAUAGUUUUUAAUAUUCUUUUGCAGGUUGCAAGUGUCGAUUCAUUUCAGGGAAGGGAAAAAGACUACAUUAUUUUAUCAUGUGUGAGAAGUAAUGAACAUCAAGUGAGUUAGUUUUUAUCUAUUCCUGGGUCAUUUUCACUGAUUCUGUCAAUGUAUUCGCCUAGUAAUCUUUUUCUCCUUCAAAUAUUUUAUAAUCAUUAUACUGUGGCUUAGGUGUUUAGUUGUUGAUGAACAUGAUACUUUUGUAGUAUUUGCUGGACAUUUCGUUUGUGCUGUAGAAUUUAUUAUGUUUCAGUAUCUUAUGAAUAAUCAUGUGGUGAUGAAUUUUUUAUUAAGCCAUUGUUUUCGUCGACUUUUUUCAUCAAUUGGUCACUAUAUAUGUUGUCGUAGGAACUACUUGUAUGAUUUUCUGUAAAUGUAUCACAGUUUGGGGGCGUCACCCGGAAAUUCCAUGAUCUUUAUUUUUCUCUUGUUUUGGUUAAUCUGCCAGAUUUCGUAUGGUGGGCCUGUGUUGAUUAUCACAAUUGAUUUCAAUUACUCCUUUCAUCUCUUUGGCUGACAGUGCUUACCAUCUUAUAAUUUUUCUUUUCAGGGAAUUGGAUUCCUUAAUGACCCGCGCAGGUUAAAUGUUGCACUUACUCGUGCACGUUAUGGCAUCGUAAUCUUGGGAAAUCCAAAAGUCUUAAGUAAACAGCCAUUGUGGAAUAGUUUGCUCACACACUACAAGGUAUGUUGGCUUAAAUUUUAGACAGCAUUUUAUCCGUGACUUGUGAGCGAACUUUAUACUCUGUUUUCUUCUAUUGUUGAACCCUUUUUCAUUGGCCAUGUUUAUGUAAAGUAGAACUGAUAUAUAUAUAUAUAUAUAUAUAUAUAUAUAUAAUAGAGGAAUUUUGAUUUUCGGGUCAAUCAGUGUCAGUAUGAAAAACGUUUUUAUAAACUGGAGUAAAAAUUUUGAUCUAUGAUUGAUUCUGAAUGCUCAAAAAUAUUCAUGUUUAAUUAGCAGCACAUCGAACAGUUUUUCUAGCAAUCUGGAGCUGUUAUUUGAAAUUUAAACCUCUUAGUUAAUUGUAGACUAAUUUAGGUUUGAAGUGGAAGAUAUGUCUUAAUGGUAAGGAGCUGGUUGUGCGAUGGUGGUUAAAGGACUUGUCACCUAGAGGUGAACCAUCUUUAAGUACCUAGGCCAUGCAAAGCUGUUUAAGAAAAGUGAAGGUCGCAAAAUGUGUUGUGGUCGCAAAAGUACCUAGGUUAUGCAAAGCUGUUUAGGUGGAGUUUCAUCACACAGCUAAUUUCGUGGUUAUAUAACUAGAGCUCAUGUGUUGUGGUAUAAAAUAUUUCACCUUGAGGACAUUCUGGUGGAGGACGAUUCCCUUAUGCUAGAGGCUAUUUCAAUGCAUUACUUCCAUGCGAAUACAUUUGUCCGAGAUGGGGACAUUUUAUUCUGCCUCUCUUAUCUUUUCAUUUAGUUUCUGUAGUUUAGACCAGCCAAAUUAUACAGGAUUCCUGAUGAUUCAUAUACUCACUGUCUAACUAUUUCAGUGCAUUGUGCUUUUAAUAAAUGUGUGCGAGUAUUCCAUUCAAUUUGACGAGGCCAUAAAUGUGGAUAUGGGUUGCAAUUUUAGUAUUGUUGGGUGCAAAUGAAUAGCAUCUUGUUGAGUAUCUACUGAAUUAUAUUAGGAGCAUGUAUUAAGAGAGGGCACUAAGGGUUUAUAAUAAAACCUUUACAUCUUGCUGAGCAUCUGGUAGAUGAUAAUUCCCAAGGGAAAUGAUGCUUAUGUCGUGGCUAUGAAAAUUUCUACGUUUAACCUAAACGGAAUGGAAUGGGUUGUUUGAUUUAUGUUGUCAUUCUAAACUUGUGGUUGAAGGGAUCGGGUGAUUUUUAUUGUGAAUGGAGGAUUCAGGGCAUUUUGAUUGAAAGAAUGUAUCGGAGUAAUGAGAUUUUGUGAUUCGACCAACCAAAGCCUUUUUUUAAGGGGUUGAGAUGUUGUAGGAACACAAUAUUGAGGCGUAAUCUGUCUUCUAUUAGGCUUGGAUUACUAUGCCCGCACCCUAUUAGGGUUUUUUUACGAAGGAUUUGGAUGGUUUUAGUAAUAGUAAUUUUUGCUAGGCCUGUGGUAUCUUUACUGUCCGCUGGUGAGGCUUCUGGGAAGAUCAGGUUGUCAGUGAGUGAACUGUUGAACUAGCUGAAAUUGUUUGAUCAUAUUUACAGAAAGAGACAGUCAGCUGUUUGUAUUAUUUGGGAACUUGGCGGCAAUUUUUAUGCCAUAAAGCAGUGGUCCCUUGACCUAUUGACAUUGACCAGGACGGUUUUACUAUUUCCUGAAGAAAUUGGGUUUAACUAAUGGGAAAAAGAAUGGAAAUAAUACUUGGUGAGGCAAGAUGUUUCCUACUUGAUCUUCCUCAUGUAACCUUGGGCUGCCUUUGUAGGGAUUCAAAGUAGUACUUUGUAGAUGUGGGUUACAUGGAUGCUAUUUGGUCGUUGCCAUUUUUCUUUGUGAAUUAAGUUGGCUAGUUUAUUUCAGUACAAAGUGUUGCAGAUCUACAUGUGAGGCUAUCGUUCAAAUGAAGAAUUGUUAUAAUGUUGAAACUUAUAACACAAUCCCUGCCUUUGAGCCUGGUUUUUUUUUAUAAAAUAUUUACCUUUUGCAAUUGUGUUACGGUUCACUUAUUUCAAAGAAUUCCCAUAUUUCUCUUAUAGAUUAAGUUCUUUAUGGAAAUGAUGAUGUGCUUCUUGGAGCGGUACCUUUCAUAACCAAGCUAUGACAAGGUUGGAAUGCUUGUGACUAUUUGAAGGGCCAUUGACAUUCGUAGUUGGAUUUGUUCUACAAUGGAUUAAGUUGCAGAUGAUUGAAGUAAAAGUUUUUAGGUCUGAUCUUGUUGGCCACUUGACAUUUUGAGUCUGGGCUGAGAUUAUCAUAAAACUGAAAAUUAAUGAUUAUUUACCAGUACUACUACUUAUAUGAGGUUGUGUGAAGUCAUGUGUGUGAUGUACGGCUUCAAGAAUCAUGCUCCAUGAAAUGUCUUGUCCGGGAGUUUCCAGAACACCUAUUUUUUUCUGGUAAGAUUUACGUUAGAUUUGGAAGGACAUGAUUCAAAACUCUUAUCUGAGUUUUAUGUUUAUAGAUUGUUUGAAAUUAUAGGAUAAUGCAUCAAAUUCGUCUGUAGGAAAGUCUCUGUAUUCCUUGUUUUCUUUUUUCCCGAUUCUGUAGAGCAUGGAUGCCGAUGCAUUUAAAUACUGUGCAGUAGUUGAUGAGCAUGAAAUUCUUCUGAUAGGAACAUGAAUGCUUGGUGGAGGGACCUCUAAACAACUUGAAGCAGAGUAUGGUACAAUUUCAGAAGCCAAAAAAGGUAGGAUUGACAAAAUCGAUCGUUUUCAUCCGACGUCACCUUUUGUGCACGAGUUUUUCCAAUGUAGUGUCAUGGACAUGUGUUGCGGAUUUCAGCAAAUGAUUAGUGAAAUCUCGCUUUGAACUUGCUUUCGUUGCAUCUUCAAUCAAACAGAUAUAUAGCGAUCGUAGAUUUCACUUUGGGAAUGGGCCAGGACCUGUGGCUUCUGAUAGUUUUGGUCCAGCCAGUUCACCAAGUCCGAAUGCUGAUAGGAGAGGUGGACGCAGCAAAGGUAUGCUAUAUUUCUUUUUCCCCUUAUUGAUUUUAUUUUAUAUCAACAAUGUGUGAAAACUUAACCCAAGCAUCCUUGGGCGCGCAUUUAUGCCUCAAUUUUCAUUCUUUUGUGAUUCAACUUCAGCCCAUUGUGAGGGUGGGUGAAAUAGCUAUGUUAUCUUAGAUCUUUACUCUAAACGGUUGUUCUAUCCAGGUCAAAUGCAGUUCAGCCAAACCAAUGGUGUGCCAAAGCCUGGUGUGCACCCUGGAGGGGGGUACCCGUUACCUAGGAUUCCUCUUCCACCCUUCCCUGCUGGGCCACACUCUCAACCGUACGCCAUUCCCACUAGAGGAGCGAUUCACGGGCCCGUUGGAGCUGUUCCUCAGGUCCCCUCGUCAGGGACCAGGGGCUUUGGAACUGGGCGAGGGAACGCCGGUGGCCAUAUUGGGGGUCAUCUCUCACAUCCGGAUGGUUCUCAACAUGCUUUGGGCAAUCUCGGGUCCGCCUUCAAUUUCCCUCUGGACAGCUCAAAUUCCCAGCCUUCUGUUGGAGGUCUGAUGACCCAGGUAUUUAUUAAUAUCACACUCGUACAUCUCAGCCUGUUUUUAGGCCACAUCUCAUCCGGAUGUUUUUUCUCUCUUUUUUUUUAAAUUUUUUUAAAUGCUCUCUUGUGGUGGUUACUGUCCGCGAUAGAUGCCAGUUCAAGGUCUUGGGCAACCUUUCAGAGAUGGGUUCUCCAUGGGAGGAAUGUCACAGGUAUUUGCUCUAUUUCUCUGACAAGCCCCAGUUUUUUGCUCUAUUUCUUCCCGUCCUAUAUAGUUUAAUUGCUGUAUGUAUCUCAGGAUUUCCUAGGAGAUGAUUUCAAAAGCCAGGGAUCUCACGUUGCCUACAACAUUGCCGAUUUCUCGACACAGGUGGCAUUUUAUUUCGAGUUUGGUCGAUCUAAAGCGUCGUCUGAUAAUAAAUAUAUGGAUGCUAUGAAAAAGUACUCAAUCUUUUGCUUUCUUUUUUUUUUUUUUUCUCAGGCCUCUCAAGGCGGCGGCGGGUACGGUGUCGACUAUGCCACUCAAGGAACACAGGGUGGUGGCUUUGUGGGGGGCUUCCUGAACCAAAAUUCUCAAGCGGGCUAUUCCCAAGUGGGCACCCCCGGAAAUGAUUUCAUCUCCCAGGUAACAAUAAUAGUAGCACAUCACUAAUAAUAUGAUGCCCCUUGUAAGUAUAGUACGGUUUGAUGUCAUUCCACACAAGCAAGCUCUGGCCGUAGUAAUGGCACCACCAUUUAUUUUUUAUUUUUUCCAGGAUUACAUGCCUCGCGGCAGGGCGCAGGGUUUAUUCACCCAGGUGGGUUUCAAUGAUCCCUCGCAGGACGACUCCUCCCAGUCCCAUUUUGGCGUGGCUGGACAGGCACUCCUUCAGUCUCAGGUACCCCUCUUCCUCCCUCCACUCACAGAGAUCGAUCCCGUUCUUUGAAAAUUUCCGAAGAGAACCAACCCACGUCACCACCGGCGAAUGUUCUCCUCUCACAGGGCAUGAUGAACCCUCUCUACUCCCAGCCCUUCACCCAGUACAGCACCCCGUCCCCCCAGCCGCAGCAGAGCCAGGGCUCUCCCAGUCAGAAUCUGCACUACACCAGCUAG